AUGUCCCUGCCUGCGUAUCGACACCUCUGGCGCGCUGCGAGAAUUGCCUUCAAAGGCGACGAUCGCGUUCUCACAGCUGCAAAGCAGCAGAUUCGUCAAGGCUUCAGGGACCAAGCCAACCUCGCACCGACAAACCCGGCCUACGACCAAGCCAUCCAAAAAGCCGAAGACAUUGCCAAGAUCCUUAGAGAAAAUGUCGUUCAAGGAAAACAAGACGAGUCUCAAAUUUACAAGUACCUCUCAGAGUUGCGCAUUCACGAGGACACCGAGCGGGGCGAUAAUGAUUCUGUCAAGAUAGCCGGCAGCGGCAAAGCUAUUACGGGUGGGUGUGGCUGCAGCUGA